AUUCCUGGAGGAAUCCCCGAAGGAAUUCCUGGAGGAAUCCCCGAAGGAAUUCCUGGAGGAAUCCCCGAAGGAAUUCCUGGAGGAAUCCCCGAAGGAAUUCCUGAAGUUCCCCGAAAAAUGUCUACAUCGCGAUUCUGUUUUUCACGAUCUACAGUGCUCUCUUUGUUUAUUACUGGGUUUCUCAUUAAUGUUUAGACUACUGUGAUAAUUUAAGAAUCCACUGAAUCAUCAUUUCCCAGCAAAAUUUCACACUAAUCAAACUUAUUUUGUUUACCUGUUGAGCAUCCGACGCCCCUGUCAUGAACUCAACCGAACUUGUGUAUGCCAGCCGCUGCGAAGUCGUGUGCGAAAUUCGACUGUGAUGAUAAUGAAUUUCGGCCGAGUCUAAAUGGGUGCAAAUGUCACAAUAUUGUUUACAAGUAAAAUACACCAAACAGAUUUAGAACACCGCUGCGCGAGCAAGCAUUUUGAUCCAUUUUCAAUUGGUCUAAUAUAUUUGGACCGUUCCAAAAACGGUAUAAAUUUGGAACAAAAAAUGGACCACCAGUGAAGUUGUCCUAAUGCAAUAUCUCUAUCGUCUAUUUUAGCAGUUUUAGCAAGCUUUCAAUCAUAUGUUUUUUUCCUGUUACAGGCACGCUCUAUUCCUAGUGCGUAGUUGGCGUAAUUGGUGUGUGAAGAAAUUCGGCAACCUAAAAAACUGCGUCACAACGAAUGCCUACUGGGGGUUGGAAAUAAACGCGCAUUCUCUCAUCAAUUACAUCGUUCAUUGUCGAGUUAACGGUACCGAAUUCAACCCUAACUGGAAUCAAAGCCAAGCUUGCGAGAGUACUUUUAGGGAAGCCCGAGCAUUCACUUCCACGGAGUCUACAGUCGUCAAUUUUACGAUCCAAGGUUUCGAAUCACGCUUAAGUCGGAUUCAAUUCAAGAAAAAUGUCAUGCACAGAAACGCACAUGUUUUAAACUUUCCAAGUUUGAAAAACAAUUCAAUCAAGACAGAAAAAGUCACAAUGCCGACAAACGAUGAAAUCAUUCGGGAAGUCGAAAAAGCGCAAGCAUCUGUUGAGAGAAUUCUGAUAGAAUUGGGAAUAGAUUCAUCAGACAUUUGCUUCGACAGUAGCGUAACAACAAAGUGUCUCACAACAAAGCAGAUUAGUAGUUCGCCUGAAGUCGAAUUCAUCACAGUUCCUGAAGAAUAUGGAAGCGAUGAUGAUGUCCAAGAAAAUAUCGACGAAGAAGCUUAUGCUUUUGAUGAAAGCGAAUUUAUCACGGUUCCCGAGGAAUUUGCAGUGUAUGAAAAAGAAAUAAAAUGCGAUGUUCACGAUGCUUCAGAGCUGUUCGAAAACAUUGGCGAAGAGAUUUUGUUGCCCGAUUCGAAAAAUUUUAAGAACGUUUUCAAAAUCAAAAAUCGGCGGAACAAGAUCAUUCAUGUAAAAAAACGGACAUUUCUGUGGAUGCUGACAUCUGGCUUGCAAAAAUGUUCCACCGAUCGCACAUAUCGAUUUUUCGAUAAACCAGACAAAAGUAACAGCCCAAGAUACUGCAAUGAAGUCCUCGAAAAAAUUGUGGUAGGAGAAUAUGUGUUGCUUCGAAUGAAUCAGACACUAAGGGUUUUUAAAAUUUAUGGAUUCAAAUACUUGAAUCGAAAAAACAAUUCCUAUUGUGCGGCAGAGGUAUCUUUGAAAAUUCAAAAAGAUGACACACAUUCAUCAGUUGGAUUGACAGGUUGUUUAUUUGAGCUAGUAAACAAUGAUGAAGACUACUUGCUUGAUUUUAUCAGCAACAAUCAAACCAUAGAUGUUAAGCACUAUGUGUCUCAUCUAAUCAAACCGACAGUCGAUUCUGCAAUAUUUUUCUACCCUGAAGAAAUUGUGGAAUACAUAAAUCAGUAUAACUAACUAUGGUCGUGGAGGAUACCGAAGUUGUUUGACCCCACACAAUCUGCAACAAUUCCUACGAUCGCCCAUCUACAGAUUGCUGAUCAGUUUCGAGCAGUUUUGGUCCCAAAGCACCAACAUGUCUGUGGCAUACACAAAUUAGUAAUCAUGGACGAGCAGACAAAUUGCACAUCUCACAGCUGCACUGGGAUAGAGCCGUCCAGGUAUCAUCAAUCCUACCCUUCCCACCGUUGCCGGUUUGACCAAGGGCAUUCCGCCAAUGCUUCGGUAAACACAACCACCAUUUCUCCACCGGAGGAGCAGAAUCGGUGUUAGGCAAUCGGAAUAUGGUGAAGGCAUAAAUAGCAAGACAAAAAAGAGGACAAAGACGACUUCAACAAGGGCGUUAUCUUCUACCUGGAGGACGGAAGCGGAAAGCGUUCACCGAAGGUGUUUGACUCCACAUAAUCGCUACAAUUCCUACGAUCGCCCACCUGCAGAUAGCAGAUCAGUUUCGAGCAGUUUUUGGUCCCAAAGCACCAACAUUUGUGUGACAUGCAUAAAUCAGUAAUGGUCGAGCAGACAAAUUGCACAUCUCACAGCUGCACUGGGAUAGAGCCGUCCAGGUAUCAUCGAUCCUACCUUUCCCACCGUUGCCGGUUUGACCAAGGGCAUUCCGUCAAUGCUUCGGUAAAGACAACCACCAUUCCUUCCACCGGAGGAGCAGAAUCGUCGGUGUAAGGCAAUCCGGAUGUGGUGAAAGCAUAGCAGGAAACGGUGCCCGUGCCAACCGAAGAGGACAAAGGCGACGGAAGAGGAAAGCAUUCACCGAAUCGGAACGGCUCGAAGGAUCGUUUCUCGGGACGAUGAUUUGAACGAAUUUGCUAAACUGUUCAACUUGCACGAACGGGAAGCGGAAGAAGCAAACGUACAAGUUAUAUUAAGGAACAAAAUUUUCUAAUAUUUAAAUUGUUUUGUGAAAUCUAGCGGUACUUAUAGUGCUGGGUAGUCCUCGGACUGCAUUUUUUUUGGUAUGAUUAUUGCUACAUUGUAUUAUCACUUUUAAACGAUCGAAUAAAUUAUAUUUUUUUAACAAUGCGGCCUAAUGACGAAUGUUUAUUAAUGACAAGGUUGUUACAACAGCGCAAAUUUCGCGGUUUUUGCGGAUUUGAUCAUAGGUUUAGUCCUUCUCACGGAUUUAGUUCUUUAGUUAUAGUUUAGGAGUUCUGAAAAUCAUGUUCUUUUUUACAGAGAAAAGUAACAAAACCCUGUAAAUAUUGUUCAAUCUUGGAACUUUUAUUGCUAUAUGACGCAGAUCUACAUCACUUCGGGUAAGUUGUUUUUGCUAUCUAUGAAUUAGGUAUCAAUAGGGGUAGGCGGGGCAAUAUGGACACCCGGGGCAGAAUGGACACCCUCAAUAUUUUGAAAUAUGCGAACUUUUUAUAACUUUUAAUGAAUGGAGAAUAUAGUCCAUUUGUCUAAAACGUAGUUUCAGGAAAGAAACAUUCGAAAUUAAAAUUAUACUUGAUUUUACACGAAAAUGUUGCGUCCUCCGUUUUUUUGUGCAUGGAAAUUAUAAUUUUCACACCAUCUAAAAUAAGAUGUAGUGAUUAAUUUAUUGCAGGUAGAUUAAAACGUGAUUGAUUGAUUUGUCUUUAUUAGAGAGACUUUCAGCCCUUGGAUUAAAACGUGAUAUUUCUAGAACACAUCCAAGUAGUUUUGCUGUAUCUACACGCUUAACAUGUUUAUAUUUUCUUCUUUAUUAUAUCAAAAAUCAAAUUUGGAAAUAUCUUCUGCUGCCGGGGCAAAAUGGACACUCACUUUUCAAAGAAGCUGCAAGGGGAAAAUAUAACCUAAAUAACAAACCAACCAAAUUCUUCGAUUUCAGUACAUUUCCGGUUAAAUGUUCACUAUAGUAGACAUAGGGUGAAACAAAUUGGCCAAAAAACGACAGCAGUGGAAAAUAGUUGUUCUUGGCACAGCUGUACAUGCCGACAAAAACGAAGCUUUAUCCAAAACAGCCUGAAUUUGAAUUAACUGAACAAAAAUGAACUCAUUCGGCGUAUUAUUCAUCCAAAAUAGUUGUUUUGUAAUGAAAUGACUUUAUAGGUGUAAAUAAUGUACGAAAUUCGUAAAAGUCUCAUGGUGUCCAUAUUGCCCCAUGGGGGUGUCCAUUCUGCCCCGUAUGCUUGAAGACGAUCAUGACAAACUAACAUUUUUCAUAACAUUUUUUGAAGUGGAUAAAUCAUUUUUCUUCGUGAACAUUCUUAGGGGGCCUACACACCAGUCAAACGGUUGGUCAAACCUGGCCGCACGACCGAUCAACUCGCUCAGACUUGUGCUUUGUUUGAUCGUUUGUGACAAACAUUGCAUCAAUCGGAGCGAACUGUUUUUUGGCCACACGAUGUUUGUGCAACCGUUUGACUGGUGUGUAGGCCCCCUUAUGCAAUAGAUGCUAAAUAGACUUUAAAAGGAUACAUGUAUCAAAAAACUAAACUUUUUUGACAUUUUGCCAGGUAAAGUUGGCAAAAACCAUAGGGUGUCCAUAUUGCCCCGCCUACCCCUAUGUUGCCUUACAACUGGAAGUGGUUCAGGAAUUUAGAAUUAAAUAGAUUUUUUUUGUACUACCGUCAAACGGGGUGACCUGCAACGGCGGAGUGACUUGCAACACAUGAUGUCUUCUGAUAUUGUCUAUCAGCAAAACAUAAAAAUCAGACGUUUACACACCAAAAGUCAGUUUUACUAUAAAGUUCACAUACUAUCUGAGUAGUUGUCACGAUUUGUUAAUCGUUUUAAAUAGUUUAAACAAAAUGUUUACAAAAUAAUGUAAUACUGUAAAAUGAGGAAAAAUAAGAGCACUGAAUCGAUGCCUACAAAAGUAAGAUAAAGUAAAUGACUCGAAGUAAUAUUCUUUAUGGCGGUUUCUCAACCUAAUGUGCUAUAUGAAUUUUAAUUUUACUUCAUUAAGGACAAGGUAUUUGGAGUACAUAGCUCAAAUUUUCUAGAGCACCGUUUUUUUAAAAAGGUUAAACGGAUUUGGAUGAAAAUGCAUCACCCUGUUGACAAUCACUGAGCAACCAGCAUGAUGCAUUUUCAGCCAUAUCCGUUAAACGGUUCUAAAAAACGGUGCUCUAGAAAUUUUGAACUAUGUACUCCAAAUACCUUGUCCUUAAACUAUUGCAAUAACUUUGUUCUAGUCAUAUGUUUUGAGAUACAUACUGCACUUAGAUGGGGUGACUUCCAACACCUAGCUAUUUUCUCAAUAUUUAAAAGCACCAACUUUUUUUUUUAAGAGUUCAAAUUAUAUUUGAUCAGUAAAAACUGGAGGAUUGUCAUUUGAAAAUCACCUAAAAUCUAGUAUUUUUGAUAAUCUACCUAGGAGCUCCAAUACUGGCCUGAUAUUGAAGCGAUUGAAACUUUAGAACGAAGUAAUUUAGUCUCAUAGUAAAUUAGAAAAAUAAAAUUGUUGGCCAAAUUACCCCGACGAGGGCUGAACAAAAACAUCUCAUCAGACUUCUCUUGUUUAAAUACCUUAAAUAACUUUCAAAUUAGUUUGCUUUCUGUACACUUUAAGUUGAUACUAUAUGAUUCAACAUCAAGCGAAGCAUAUUAAGUUUGUAUUGCAUUAGGCAAUAUAAAUUCUUUAUUAAAAAUAGGGUGCUCAUAUUACCCCGACGGUUCAAAAUCGACCCAUAAACAACACUUUUUUCUAAAAUCAUUUUUUGGCAUUUAAACACGAUUAGACCAUGAUAUUUUUAUGCAACUAGUUUAGUAUUAUCAGAAACAUUCUGACCAUACGAUGUACGAGAGAUUAAACGUUGUUUUCUGCAUCUUCAAUGGACUUUUGCUUAAGGUGGCCAAAUUACCCCGAUUUACCCUAAUAAGAAUACCAGUCAAGUGUGCUAGGAAUUGAAAAUAAAUAUUUGCUUGUUAGAAAAGGGAUUUACAUUGAGUGAUGCAAGUCCGCACGACGACUUGUAUAAAAACGACCCUAUUUGAUUUUUUCAACAAGAAAAAAAUAAAAUAGGGGUAGGCGGGGCAUUAUGGACACCCGGGCAGAAUGGACACCCUCAAUAUUUUGAAAUAUGCGAACUUUUUUGAACUUUCAAUGAAUGGAGAAUAUAGUCCAUUUGUCUAAAACGUAGUUUCAGGAAAGAAACAUUCGAAAUUAAAAUUAUACUUGAUUUUACACGAAAAAGUUGCGUCCUCCGUUUUUUGUGUAUGGAAAUUAUAAUUUUCACACCAUCUAAAAUAAGAUUUAGUGAUUAAUUUAUUGCAGGUCGAUUAAAACCUGAUGUUUCUAGAACACAUGCAAGUAGUUUUGCUGUAUCUACAUGCUUGACAUGUUUAUAUUUUCUUCUUUACCAUAUCAAAAAUCAAGUUUGAAAAUAUGUUCUGCUGCCGGGGCAAAAUGGACACUCACCUUUUUGAAAGAAGCGGCAAGUGAAAAAUGUAACCUAAAUCACAAACCAACCAAAUUCUUCGAUUUCAGUAUAUUUUCGGUGAAAUGUUCACUAUAGUAGACAUAGGGUGAAACAAAUUGGUCAAAAAACGACAGCAGUGGAAAUUAGUUGUUCUAGGCACAGCUGUACAUGCGGACAAAAACGAAGCUUUAUCCAAACCGCCUGAGUUUAAAUUAACUGAACAAAAAUGAACUACUUCGGCGUAUUAUUCAUCCAUAAUAGUUGUUUUGUAAUGAAAUGACUCUAUAGGUGUAAAUAAUGUACGAAAUUCGUAAAAGUCUCAUGGUGUCCAUACUGCCCCAUGGGGGUGUUCAUUCUGCCCCGUAUGCUUGAAGACGGUCAUGAAAAACUAACAUUUUUCAUAACAUUUUUUGAAGUGGAUAAAUCAUUUUUCUUCGUGAGCAUUCUUAUGCAAUAGAUGCUAAAUAGACUUUAAAAGGAUACAUGUAUCAAAAAACCAAACUUUUUUGACAUCUUGCCAGGUAAAGUUGGCAAAAACCUUAGGGUGUCCAUAUUGCCCCGCCUACCCCUAAUAU